AUGACUCCUACUAACCUGCCUGAGAACAGAACCUUCUGUAAAAAAUACGUGCAGUUGGCUUUUAUCCUCUCCUCUUUGUCAAUUUUUUUAGGAGGCCUGUUCCUCAUAGUAGCUUCCAGGGUAGCCAAAUAUGCUUACAGGUUCAUCUCAAAGUGCAUUCUCAGCACAAAGGGGGAACACAAACAACGUGCUCAGUGGCUGCCCAAAAUAAGGCAAAUUUCAAUUCGCUGGAAAGGAGCCUUCCUGGAGUCGGUGGAGAUGAUGCUGUCCGCUCAAACAUGUAUGGGGCGCGUGCUGGUGAUACUGGUGUUUCUACUGAGUAUUGGAUCCCUCAUCAUUUACUUUAUCAACUGUGCCUUCCCCAUAGAGCACUACCAGUCCUUCGCAGACCACACCCUUGCUGUAGAUAUGAGCUUCAAUGCAUUCUUCCUCUUCUAUUUUGGAUUACGGUUCAUGGCAGCAAACAACAAGCUGAGUUUCUGGCUCGAGCUCAACUCCAUUGUGGAUUUCUUCACCAUCCCUCCAGUUUGUGUUUCCUACUAUUUAAAGAGGAACUGUCUUGGUUUGCGGUUCUUGCGAGCACUCAGAUUGUUAGAACUUCCCAAAAUAUUGCAGUUUCUCAGGAUAACCAGGACUAGUAAUUCAAUCAAGCUGUCCACAUUGUUAGCUGCAGUUCUCAGCAUCUGGCUCACAGCUGCAGGAUUUAUUCACUUGGUGGAGAAUAGUGGAGAUCCUUGGGUCCACCAUCAAAAUUCCCAGUCCCUGAGCUAUUUUGACUGUUUAUACUUGACAAUGGUGACCAUGUCCACAGUUGGCUUUGGAGAUGUUGUAACUAAAACGUCCUUGGGUCGUAUUUUCAUGAUUUUCUUCAUCAUCGCUGGUUUGGUCUUGUUUGCAAAUUUUAUCCCUGAAAUUGUGGAUAUCGUUGGUGGCAAUCAACAAUACCAAGAAUCGUAUGAGGUAGUGAGAGGGAGAAAAUACAUUGUUGUCUGCGGUGAUAUCACUCUGGAGAGUGUGACAGCUUUCUUAAGAAACUUCCUGGCCCAGGACACAGGAGAUAUUUGCACUGAGAUUGUCUUUCUGGGAGAAACUCUUCCUAGUCUGGAGCUGGAAAUUGUAUUCAAAUGCUAUUCUGCCUAUACCACUUUCUUCCAUGGCUCUGCACUGAACUAUAAAGAUCUGAAGAGAGUUGUGAUGGGAUCUGCAGAUGCUUGUCUGAUCCUAGCAGAUACUUGCUCUUCGGACCCUUUUGUUGAAGACACUUCCAAUAUCAUGAGGGCGCUGUCUGUCAAGAAUCACUAUCCAAAGACGAGAGUCAUUAUACAGAUAAUCCAGUCUCAUAAAAAGGUAUACCUGGCAAAUAUCCCCAAUUGGGACUGGAGGAGAGGAGACAGCAUCAUCUGUUUUGCUGAACUAAAACUAGGCUUCAUAGCACAGAGUUGCUUGGUUCCAGGCUUGUCCACACUCCUAAGAAGUCUGUUCAUUAGGCAAAAGAGUACCAAGGCGAAGAGAAAAGGCCUGCGGAACAGGAACCUUUUUGAAGGCAAUGACUACAAAGUGAUGACUGAUUGGCUCUCCAAUGAUUUUGUGAACAUGACUUUUCCAGACGUUUGCCGGUUCUGCUUUGUGAAGCUGGACCUUGUGCUGCUCGCAAUUGAAUUCAGAACUGGCAUUCAUGGAAACAGCAUCCUGGUCAACCCAUCUGCACAGAUAAAGCUCCAUCGAAACACAAUGGGCUUUUUUAUUGCCAAAUCCAAGGUGGAAGUCAAAAGGGCUCAUUUUUACUGUAAAGCCUGCCAUAGUGAUAUUGAUAAUCCGGAGCUGAUUAAAAAAUGUCACUGCAGAAGCAAAUCUUGGACAAGAUCCUUUUCAGACUGUUUUGAAAUUCUCAGGCACUGUGUCUGUGCCCUGAAUAUAGGACUUUUGCUGUACAAAGCUGUCAGUCAGGAUAAAAAGGUUCAAGAUUGUGAGAUUUUCAGACAGUUGAAGAAGCUGAGGAUUCCUCAAGAAACAAUGCACCUUCCAGAUCGAGAGCCAGUAAAGUCGAGGUCUCUUGGGGUUCUUCCUGUUACAGGUAUCACUGCCAGGAUUGCGGCUGUCGUGACAGAAGAGGAUAGCAAUGCUCUGCUGGAUUCCACAGGAAUGUUCCACUGGUGCAAGGCUGUCCCAUUGGAACAGGCUGUCCUGAAGCACCAGAAACAAACUACUUCACCUCUGCAUGAUCAUAUCGUCGUUUGUGUCUUUGGAGAUGCUAAUUCAACAUUGAUUGGGCUGCGGAACUUUGUGAUGCCUUUACGAGCCAGUAACUUCACUUACCAGGAGCUGAAAGACAUUGUCUUUGUCGGGUCUCUGGAAUAUAUGAAAAGAGAGUGGAAAUUUAUCCAGAAUUUCCCAAAACUGCUAUUAUUCCCAGGCAGCGCCCUCUCCUGUGCAGACCUGAGGGCAGUUAACAUAAGGUACUGCACCAUGUGUACUAUCCUGUCUUCUCACGUGAGGACUUCCACUAAACCAACUCUGGUGGACACAAAAAGCAUCUUAGCCACUCUUAACAUCCGGUCUAUGCAGUUUAAGUGCAGCUCAACUGCUGAAGAGGCAGUUGGCAGAGUGAGAACACUGGAGAAUGAAUCAGAGCCAAGUUAUAAAAGGAUCCCCAUCAUCACAGAGCUGAACACUACAUCGAAUGUCCAGUUCAUUGAUCGCCACAUUAGCAGCGACUCUCAGAUCCCAGAACAGGAGCUGUAUCUCAGCUCCACUGGUGGUAUCUUCUCAGAUAGCUUUUUGGAUUCUCUCUUGUCCACUACCUACCGUAACCACCACGUUUUGGCUCUGCUCCAGACUCUGGUGACAGGUGGGACAAGCCCUGAGUUGGAGGAACAGCUGGCAGAGAAGAAUGUGCUGUGUGGCAGUUUCAGCAGUACAGCAUACGUGGCCCCCAGAGCUAGGUGCAAACUUGCGCUUAUGCCUCUGUCCAAGAGACUGUUAACAGAUUCCCGGGUUUCCUUUGGAGACAUUUACUGCAAAGCAUUAGACUUGUUUGGAAUCCUUUGCUUUGGACUCUACCGUCUGACAGAAGAGCCCAAUCCAUACAGGAAUAGGGGAGUGUAUGCAAUUGCUCGGCCCCCCAGUGAUUUCAAGAUGUUACCUACGGAUAUGCUGUUUUGCAUUGUCCCAUUCAGCACCACAGCAACUAGUGACCUGUCAGUUUAUGAGGAGGAUCUUUCACCGGGAGGCAUCAGAACCAUACAGACAGCUCCAUAA